CUGUGGUAUAUAAACAUGUGCAGAUGAGAAUGUUGAGCACAAAUAAGGAUGGGACAGGCUGGGACUUUACCCUGCAGAAACCGGGGCACGUAUGUCACAGAACUGUAUGAAUGGUUGAGGAAGUUCUUAAACGAGUGCCCGAGUGGCCUGAUCACUCUGCAUGAAUUCAGGCGCCACUUCUGUGAUGGAACCGUGGGAACGGAGUCUGGGGAAUAUGCUGAGCAGAUCUUCCGUACGCUAGACAACAACGGGGAUGGAUUCGUCGACUUCCGAGAAUAUGUGAUGGCCAUUAGCAUGCUGUUAGAAGGCUCAUCAGUGGAGAAGCUUCGCUGGUCAUUUAAACUUUAUGACAAGGACAAGGAUGGGGCCAUAACACGAUCAGAGAUGCUUGACAUAAUGCAGGCUGUGUAUAAGAUGAGUGUUGCAGCCUCUCUAACCAGUCCUAAUCCACUGACUGCUGAGGAAUGCACCAACAGGAUAUUUGUUCAAUUAGACAAAGACAACAAUGCCAUCAUCAGUCUGGAGGAGUUCAUUGAGGGGGCACUGGGUGAUAAAUGGAUAAAAGAGAUGUUGGCGUGUGACCCUAACACUGUAAAGGUAGAGCGACCUUGUAAGGGUUUCUCAGGAUCUAAACCUUUGGGUUCAUCCGAGCCUACAGAAUGAGGAAUACUUGAUUUGCUGGAGGAGUAGAAUAGUAUUUCUGGCAGUCUCCUUACACCAUUUAUCUAUGUAAAGGGUGUCUGCUCUAACAUACCCAAACUCUUGGUAUAUAAAUCUUUUGAUUAAUAAAUGCUAAAAUCUGAUGAUGUAUGACCAUAUUUUGAAAACACAUUAGUGAUAUUUACAUAGAGCUGCACUAUUAAAUAAUAAACAAUAAAGCCUAAGCAUUUUAGGAUGCAAGAGUGAAAGGGAAAGUUUAUAGGACUGUGGUGAGAGCUGUGAUGUUGUAUGGUUUAGAGACAG